CCGCUAAUAGCAUCAAUAAAACAAUUAAAUUUUUAUUUAUAAAAGAAAAACAAAGAAAGUAAAUAAUUGUAUAUAUCAGUUUACGUAAUAUAUCAUUAUCAGUUGAAAUAUUAUUUUAUUUAAUAAAAUAAUAUUUUCAAAAAUAAUAUAUAAUAGCAUGAAAAAUAUAAUAUAAUUUCUACAAUUUUGCAGGAUGAUGAUAUAUUGAAUAAAGAGUAUCUUAAUAUAAGUCUAGACUUAAUAGGUCUAAAAUAUAACUGCCUAAAAUUGCUGAAAUAUUAAUAUUCAGACUAAAGGAUAAUUCUAAGUAUAAAAUACAACUUAUCCUUUUUCAAAUAUUUUACUCUAUUUUAUUCUAGGAAUUUUUACGUGUAUGUAGUGAUACCUUCAGUUUCUUUGUUGUGCAUUUCUUUGUGUUCUAAGCAUUGAUUGUUAAUUUAUGCACUGCAGAGACAGGAGUUAAAUCACAUUUUGUAUCAGCUGCAAUAUUUAUUCAAUUAAGAGAAAAUGGCAGACGAUGAUUUUGAUGGAGACGAGGUAGCAGACGAUUUUGAUGAUGUAGACGAUGAUGAUAAUAUUGAACUAGAACCUCAAGAAGAAGAUGGAGAAAAUAUAGAAUUAUUAACUGCUGGUGAAGCUACUGGUGGAGUGCAGAGGUCUAAAAGAAUUACAACAAGAUAUAUGACAAAAUAUGAAAGAGCAAGAGUAUUAGGGACAAGAGCAUUACAAAUAGCAAUGUGUGCUCCUGUGAUGGUUGAAUUAGAAGGAGAAACUGAUCCAUUGCAAAUUGCAAUGAAAGAACUAAAGCAAAGAAAAAUUCCAAUCAUAAUUAGACGUUAUUUACCUGACAAUAGUUAUGAGGAUUGGGGUAUAGAUGAAUUAAUCAUAAUAGAUCAUUAAAUUCUGCUUUUAAUUUUGUACAUUUAUAAUAUAGCUAUAAGAAAAAUAAUUUAAGAAAUAUCAAAAUCCUUUGGAGUUUCAUAUUAAUAAAAAGAAUUUAAUAAAAAUA